AUGAUGAACUCUGAGAUUGUUGUCUGCUGUGGAGCGAUGAGGAUGAGGUCAUCGAUGUGGAGCCCAGGAUUGGCUCUCCUAAUGGGCGUGGUCACCAGUGUCUGUACCUUUCACCUCACCACUGCCAUAGACAUCCCACUGGAGGGUAAGUGCUCACUUUUCCCAUAAAGUGCUUGGGCAGGAUAUCAUAAAGCUUUGUAAAGUACAGUAUAUUGAUUUUGUUCUCCAAUAUAUGUAAUGGUCAAAGCAAAGCACAGGUAUUCUUUGAAAUAUAGCAUAUUUUGUAAAUCUGUAUCAUGCCAAAAUCAGUUCAAUUAUAUUCAUGGGUCGAACACAUCCUUUACUGGGGUUUGGUUUCUAGUUUCAUCUUGUUUAAAUCAGGUUUCUUCAUUCUCUUGUAUUGGGGCUGUGUAUCUUACAGUUUCCUUGGAAACGAGUAUCAAGUUUUCUCUUCUAAAUUAUUCAGAAACAUCUCUUAAGGGCCCGCUUACAAAGAACAGUUCAAACAGGUUUUGAAAAUGCAAUGCAUACUUGCUGUUGAUGCAGGGUAAUUAAUUUCAUGCAAUCUCCUUAAAUGCAAUUCACAAUCCUCUGUUUUGAUGUACCUACAGUACAAAUGUUUCUAAAGGCCUAUAACCAAUAAAAAAAACAAUAUUAUGCUUAAACUUCUGCCUGUGUUUUUGUUGUCUUCCUGCCGCCAUGGAUAUUCUAGUUUUAGGUCACGUAAACAGUAAGUUUGCUCUGAUGUGCCCUGUCCCAUCCAGCAUUAGUGACAGCCUGUCUGUCCUCACUUAAUCUCUUGGCUCAGUGGUUGUACCAUGUGGUCAUCUUGUUUACGAUCUGCAUCUCAUGUGCCAUCCUCCAUUUAUUUACACAAUCAACAUCUUCGAAUUGGAUUGUCUUGGACGACUGUCACCCAUUUAGUGGCAUGUAGUUUUAACCUGCACCAUUGGCCAUACUGGCCUCACCUCAUGCCGCUAGUUUUACCGUUGUUGACCCCUGUAGUUUUGUAGUAUAUUUCUAACUCAUAUCACAAGAAACAAGAAACAAGAAAGCAUUGACAAAGCAGGGCAAGUUCAAACAGUGCUGUAUGUCACUGUGAAAUAGAACUGUAAGAAAAGGAACCCAUUGGGCACAGACGUCAUUUGAAAUGACGUGAAAACAACGUUGAUUCGACCAGUGUGUGCCCAGUGGGAAAUACCAUCAUAAUCGAAAUGAACCAUCCCAUAACAUCCCAUAACACCUUAUAGAGUGUGAGAGAUUAUAUCAUCAGAAACCUGCAGUAGGUCUAGGGGAGUUUUCAUAAAGUGUUGUCCUUGUUGUCUGUUUUCCAGUUGAGCAGCUACCCACCAUCACAGAGGCGUCCCCCAGUUCUCUGAUCGCCUUCCCCUUCGAUGAGAGCUUCCCCAUGACGUGUGAAGCCAAAGGGAACCCCGAGCCAGAGUGAGUUCUGAGUGUCCUACUAUACCAUUCCAUACCCAGCAGAUGGGAGAGGGACAGCCCAGGAGAGCUCGUUAGCAGCCCAACAGACAGCCUAUCACUGGCCAUCGAUUUGGCGUGUCACAUUUGGCUAGUUGAUUUGGCGAGUUUUGGUGUUUGAUUUUCAAGUCUUGGACAGACUGUGAGGACCAACCUUGGAUACUAAACACACUGUACAUUUGGCUGAAACACAUGAAACAUUUUCAAGAUUUACGUUGAACGUUAUCAGUGACUGAUUUAACUGUUGAUUUUGUAGAUUCCGGUGGACGAAAAAUGGGGAAGAGUUUGACCCCUACCAGGACCCGAGGCUGAUCAAGGAGGACAACUCGGGGACAUUUGUGAUCCCCAACACUGGGAACCUCACAGAGUACCAGGGAACAUACCGCUGUUAUGCCUCGAACAAACUAGGGACAGCCAUAACGGAGGAGAUUGAGUUUGUUGUGCCCCGUGAGUAGCAUAGAUCCAUACAUCUCUGAUCUCUAUGGUGCUCCAUUACAGUUCUUUGAAAGUAAUUCAGGGCCUGAAAAUCAAUGUUGUGACUGUGUCGCUCCGUCGUGAGCUGUUCGUUGUAUUGACCAUGGCAGAAAGUCAUUGAACCUCCAGAGCAUUCCACCCCCAGUUGCCUCUCAUCUAUACCCAUAUAGAAGGGAGACUGAUCUAGCCUCUCCAUCAUUUCCCUUGGUACAUUUUUCAUUUUGUUCCAAAGCAUAGUACAUAAAUCUUCAAAGAAAUCCAGACCGAGGGGAACUGUGACAAAAUUUGUCCGUGCUUCAACCAUUCAGUGCGACUGACAUGCAGCACAACAGUACUAAUGACGUCUAUUUCUUCCCGCAAGUCAAAAUAUGAAGAAUGUGCUGUAAAAUCCAAUUCACUGGAACACAAACACCUCCAUAGACGACCAGCACAAAACACUAGUAUCAUAGGACUGCCACCUGCUGGAGAGAAAGGCAACUACAUCAAAUGACUGACAAAUCAUACACUGACAUACACUGAGUAUACCAAACAUUAAGAACACCUUCCUAAUAUUGAGUUGCUUUCACCUGGAUUCACCUGGUCAGUCUAUGUCAUGGAAAGAGCAGGUGUUCCUAAUGUUUUGUACACUCCAUAUAUAUUAUGUUUUUUUUUUAUCAGAUGUUCCUAAGUUUCCAAAGGAGACGAUUGAUCCCAUCGAGGUGGAGGAGGGUCAGCCUGUCAUUCUGGAGUGUAACCCUCCUAAAGGAAUCCCUCCUUUACAGAUCUACUGGAUGACCAUCGGUGAGUGACUAGCGGCUUCCCAGACCUAACACAGUGUCUGAGUCAUGUCCAAUGCUUUCUGUGGACACCUGCCGUUUUAUUGAAGGACAAUAGAUCAAACAAAAGCUACUAGCAUGCGGUUUAUAUGGAAUGUUGCCCUCUUUUCACCUCCUCAGGCCUUCAGCACAUAGAGCAGGAUGACAGGGUGUCCAUGGGUCUGAACGGCGACCUGUUCUUCUCUAAUGCUCUGGAGAAGGACAGUCGCAGAGACUACUGCUGCUUCGCUGCCUUCCCCAGGAUACGCACCAUCGUACAGAAGACUGCCAUGUCUGUCAUAGUCAAAAGCAGUAGGUGUCAAUCUAAAAGGCAUGUCUGUGAUUAGGUUUAUUUAUUAACUCCGCUACAGCGUAGAGCUUGACCAAAUGACUUUGGUCUUGUGAAGAUUCAGAUCCAGCAAAAAGCUUUGUUUUGAUCAUCAUAAUGACCUCAACCUCUGAUUCAAUGCAUUUGUCGCUAUGAUCAUGUACAGUUGAAGUCGGAAGUUUACAUACACCUUAGCCAAAUACAUUUAAACUCAGUUUUUCACAAUUCCUGACAUUUAAUCCUAGUACAAAUUCCCUGUCUUAGGUCAGUUAGGAUCACAACUUUAUUUUAAGAAUGUGAAAUGUCAGAAUAAUAGUAAAGAGAAUGAUUUAUUUCAGCUUUUAUUUAAUCACAUUCCCAGUGGGUCAGAAGUUUACAUACACUCAAUUAGUAUUUGGUAGCAUUGCCUUUAAAUUGUUUAACUUGGGUCAGUUUUGGAGCAGUGGCUUCUUCCUCGCUGAGCGGCCUUUCAGGUUUGUCGAUAUAGGACUCUUUUUACUGUGGAUAUAGAUACUUUUGUACCUGUUUCCUCCAGCAUCUUCACAAGGUCCUUUGCUGUUGUUCUGGGAUUGAUUUGCACUUUUCGCACCAAAGUAUGUUCAUCUUUAGGAGACAGAACGCGUCUCCUUCCUGAGCGGUAUGAAGGCUGCGUGGUCCCAUGGUGUUUAUACUUGCAUACUAUUAUCUGUACAGAUGAACGUGGUACCUUCAGGCGUUUGGAAAUUGCUCCCAAGGAUGAACCAGACUUGUGGAAGUCUACACAUUUUUUUCUGAGGUCUUGGCCGAUUUCUUUUCAUUUUCCCAUGAUGUCAAGCAAAGAGGCAUUGAGUUUGAAGGUAGGCCUUGAAAUACAUCCACAGGUACACCUCCAAUUGACUCAAAUGAUGUCAAUUAGCCUAUCAGAAGCUUCUAAAGCAUGACAUCAUUUUCUGGAAUUUUCCAAGCUGUUUAAAGGCACAGUCAACUUAGUGUAUGCAAACUUCUGACCCACUGGAAUUGUGAAACAGUGAAUUAUAAGUGAAAUAAUUUGUCUGUAGACAAUUGUUGGAAAAAUUACUUGUGUCAUGCACAAAGUAGAUGUCCUAACCAACUUGCCAAAACUAUAGUUUGUUAAGAAGAAAUGUGUGGAGUGGUUGAAAAACAAGUUUUAAUGACUCCAACCUAAGUGUAUGUAAACUUCCGACAUCAACUGUACAUGAUCAAGAACAUUCCCAAUAUCCAACCGCAUUUCCAAAGUUGUAUUUUCUUUACUCUUGAUGACACUGAUGUUUUCAUGAAUCUACAGCACCCCAUUGUCUGUCAUGAUUGUUCUGUUUUAUGGAUGCUUUGCACAUUUUCAUAUGUUACCCACCUUCAUUUCAGAAAAUUCAAACAGUGACUCAAGUAGCAGUCCUGGUCAUGGUAAGUUACAUGCCAUACCAUAUCAUUGUCCAGAACACCCCAUACAUUAUUUUUUUUCAUAUCAGAGUGUGAUAUGGGGAUCCAAAGAUUGCAUUGUAGGUUAGCAGUCCAAGAGUUAGACCCAUGCAUUGCCUUCUUUGAAAAACUAAGCAUAAAAAACUGUUUCUAUUCCAUUCUCAAAGCCAAUUCAAUUCUGGAGAGGAAACCAAGUCUUCUGAUGCCCUCUGGUGUCAAGUCGGAGACACAGCUGGUGAAAGGUGAUGAGCUGCUACUGGAGUGCAUUGCGGAGGGCUUGUAAGUAAACCCUUCCUCUCUAUUUUACAAAGUACUGCAUGAUAUCUGCUAGACACUUCAUUGUAUUUGAAGCAACUACAUCAAUGUAAAAUAUCAAUCAUUAUACUGCCCCUUUCAGUCCAACACCCAAGAUUGAAUGGGUGAAGAUGGGCCACAGGCUGCCCGACAGAGCGACAAUAGAGAACCAUGGGAAACUCCUGAGCAUUAACCGGGUCAAUGAGGACGACAGUGGGAAAUACAUGUGUAAGGCUAAGAACAUCCACGGAGAGGCCAGGCACUCCUUUGAUGUAUCAGUGGAAGGUAAGUGGAGAAAUUGACAAAGGUUGAAAUAAUAGGUUCUUAGUUUUAUUAUGUGUGUCUGAAAAACAGCUGUAUAGCUUAAACUGCAUUCAUAGGUUUUACUGUAGGAAACCGCAAUAGAGUCUGAUAUGAUAAGUACUUCGUAAUAGUAACUCAUUUUUAUGAUAACGAGUGCCAUCUACUGUACAUUGAAUGAACUGCUAUUCAAGAGGGAUUCAAAAAGUCACCAUUUGAGAAUUGGCUCCAGGUGAUAGAAAACACAAACAUCAUAACUCUUGCAUGAUUCCCAUGUUUUUUAAUGCAAAUUCUGGGAGAGAGGUGUACUGUGCUCUGGUUCCCUCACUUCUUCCUGAUGUUAUGUCUGUCUUUGAUGUUGUUCUUUCCAGAGCCUCCUCGGUGGGUGUCUGGGCCUGAGAGCCAGCUUAGUACGAUUGGCUCAAAUGUGCAUAUCAAGUGCUCUGCCACUGGCACUCCUCAGCCCACCAUCCAAUGGAGGGUGAAUGGAAAACGUCUUGAGGGUAUGUUCUCAGUCUACCUCGACAAGACAUGGAUGUCCUAUUUCUAGUACUGCCAAUUGAUGCACAGUUAAUGGAUUUCAUUGUUGAUUGCAGAGGUCCCAGCAUCUAACAGAAAAGAGUUGGAUGACACCAUUGUCUUGCACAACGCCAAAUCAAUUGACAGUGCCGUCUACCAAUGUGAGGCCUCCAACAGACAUGGAACCCUACUGGCCAAUGCCAAUAUCAUGAUCAUGAGUAAGUUUAUGGGGCUUCGUUGGUUUUAAGCUCCACCUCUGAAAAUAGCCUCUACUUUCCUCUGAGGCUUUAAGUUUUAAUGGUCACAAAUGAAUAGUUGCAACAUCUCAGCAUUCAUCAUUGUUUUACCAGUCGUGCUCAUCCAUUUAGUAUGGAAUUGUAUGAAGAGGAAAGUGCACAAAAUAAUCCAACCAGUUGCUUGGCAUUGGCGUGAGGCAGUGGAAGACUGUCUGUGAGUGGUGGUGUGUCUGGUUUGAAAGCCGGCUCUGGCGCCUGCGCACCUCGGGCCAUGGUGAAAUAAAGGUUGUCUGAGCACCACAGUCCUCCAUACAGACUACCCACCCACGUCCCCUGUCCCUGUUGAUCAGCCCGCCUGCUCCCAGGCAUUUAUUCAUAUGCUAGCACGUUUCUCUACUCCAUUCAGAAUGCAAUGCCACAACACUAAAAUGUGUUCCUUUUUUAAGAGCAGAUUUUAAAAAAUGUGCUCUCUUUGGCUUCUCAGAAAUGUCUGGAGUUUGUCACUGGUGACAAACUAGGAAGUUAUUAACUGGACUGUUUCUGGAUUCAAAAUCACAGCUUUUCCUUUUUGUUAACAAUGGAGUGAGACAGACAGGAUGUUUUGGUUAGAAAUUAUAAGACACAUUUAUUUUAAAUUUGGCAGUCAUUGUUCCACUUGUUUUCAUUUAUUAUUCAUUUUUUAUUGUUUCAAAUUGUAUGACAAUCAUCGUGACAGUCCAGCCAUUCUUUCAAAAUAAAUGUUAAUUAACAAAAAUGGAAGAAAACUUGGUCUGCUUUAUCAGUCUCAUUUAUUUGAAUCUUGGCUAUACAUUUUAAUGGACUUUCUUAGUGUAUCUUUGUAACCAAUACUGCAAUACAGGCGAAGGGCAAUUCCUCAAUCCCUCCAUAUCUGUAUGGAAGUUAGAAAAUAAAUCUCUCUCUCUCGUUCAUUUCCCAAACCCUGAAUCACUAACUGGGAUGUCUCUCCCCACAGAUCUGCCUCCUAUGAUCCUGACAGAGGAAGGUCUGGAGUAUUCCACUGUGGAGGGGAAGAGUGUAGUCAUGCACUGCAAGGUGUUCAGCUCUCCACCCUCUAUUGUAACCUGGUGAGUAGGCUAACCAAAGCCUGGUCCCAGAACAGUACUGGCUUCAGCCAACUCAUCCUACUCUUCUUGUCAUGCCAUCAAUCAUUGGUUCAAGCCCAUACAAAUGCUGGACCAGGCUAUUCCAGCUCCAACCAAUCCUCUCAGAGGCCAGUAGAGAGCAGUAGCUAUCAAUGUGUCGUUAGUAUAUAUCAGUGUCAAAGUGUCAUUAGAUAGUUAUAAAAAUAACUGUGUACAGGAUCUGUUUCUCUGUUGGUGCACCACUGUUUACUGUGGAAAUGUACAGAAAGAAAAAACGUACACCUACACAAAUUCUUUAAGGGGUAUUGUUGCAGUAUCUUCUUAAGUGCUCAGCAAGGUUCCGCUGUAAUUGAAUUAAAUCGCAAGUGGAGACUUUAAUUGAUUGUUUUAAAUGUACAGGAACAAGGAUGAUUCAACAGGGUCUGUGGAGGGACAAAGGUUUACAGUUCACCAGAAUGGAUCAUUGGAGAUCCAUAAUGUGGAGAAAGAGGACAUGGGCCAAUACACAUGUUACACCAAGAAUACUGAAGGGAAGUCGGCUAUAACUGCCUUACUGGAUGUUAAAGGUAUGAAACUAAAUAUAAGAUGUCAUUUGUUUAACACACAACUAGGGCCAUGUGUUUUUCUAAAUACAGUAUGUGACCUGACUAGGAAAAAAUGCCUUACAUAGUUUUGGUUAGAAAGUCACAUGGUUAGAAAAAAGAGGGUCCUAAACAUAGCCCUUUACAUGUAGCUUAUACAGUGGUGUGUUUCAUCUAUCCAAGAUCCCACAAAGAUAUUCCAGGCCCCAGAGGACUUGCAGGUCCUAAUAGGAUCCACAGCCCAGCUCUCCUGCCUGGCGGUGUACGACAACUCCUUCAGUGGCGACUUUGAGAUAGUGUGGGAAAAAGAUGAUAUGGAGAUAGCACUAAACCACACUGAGAAUUCUGGGUAAGACGAAGCCUUUCUUAUGGUGUCACAGAUUCAAGCCUAGCCGGAUAGUGAACUUGUUUUUUUUCAGAUUGCACAGAUCAAUAGGUUGUCUCUCUUUUUUUCUGCCGAUAGAUAUUUCGUAGAGGAUGGCAUACUGCAGAUCGUCAACGUAAGCCACAGAGACCAGGGCAUGUACAAGUGUGUGGCCAGAACUCCAGUGGACCAGGACACUGCCUCUGCACUACUUAUAGUGCUGGGUGAGCAUAUAGGUCAAAUACUGUACAUCAAAACCUGGUCUGACCCAAAGGGUCUAUGACACCCAGCACAACAGAAAUGCAUAGCAUGUCACAGUAUGGAUCCAUAUGCUGAAGCCAAGCGUUCCAUGGCGUGCAGAACAGAGCAGAACAUGAUUACACCUUGUGUCUUCAGACCUCGGCUCUGCAUUUACAGAACAAUGCCUUUCAUAUCGUUUGCAUCGUAGUUUUACAUGUUGCUUUCUUUUCCAUUUGUCAGUUUCUGACUGUUUCAUGGAGCAUUUAAACAUUUUUCUCAGUCCUUUUCCAGAGGAUACCAUGUCUUUGUGUUAUCAAAGUAAUGUUGUUGUGGUGGUGGUGUUUUUCCAGAUGUCCCAGAUGCACCUGAGAACUUGGUGCUGUCUGAACACAAGGGCAGAAGUGUGAAGCUCAAAUGGAUCCCUGGGGAUGACCACAACAGCUCAACCACUGGUAAUAGUCUGGCUCUACAAACAAAGUUCAGCAGCUCUGCAUGCAUGUUGUAACAGCAGGCCUGUAGUAUAUACAAUGAUAAUAACAUGGCACAUAUUUACUAAGAAAAUGGAAUUAGUACUUUAUUAUUGUGUAAGUCUCCUGUCAACAUCCCAACACAAAUGUGUCCUUUUUUAGCAAGUUUCCUGCUUAGUUCAGUGUCUGAAGAGUUUGCUACACAGGUGGCUGUUAGAUAAGCAGCUCCUUUGGCAAAGGGCUUGGGCAGAUUGGGGACUGGUUUGUGUGUCUCACCCUGUGAACAGACUUCAUUAUUGAGUAUGAGGAGAGCCAGUGGGAGCCAGGGAACUGGAACGAGCUUCAGAGAGUUCCAGGAAAUCACGGUUCGGCAGUCCUCAAACUUUACGGACAUGUUGACUAUCGCUUUCGAGUGUCUGGAGUCAACGCGGUGGGAAGGGGGCGUCCCAGUGAGCCCACAGAAAGAUACAAGACCCCUCCUGCAGGUAGGAAGUCCACUCAUGUUCCUUUAUCCUCCAGCUUCAUAUCCCCCUACAGGCCGUCUGACCUGCCUCCGCCGCUCGUUGAACUUUAAAACACUCAAACAUCUGAGAUAAUUGAUUUCACCCUUAGGUCUCUCAUGCACAUUUCACAGGAGAUGUAUUUAACUAACAAUUACAAUUCUGGCAAAAUCCAUAUUUCUUCUCUCCCACCAGCCCCUGACAAGAACCCAGAAAAUAUUAAAAUCGAAGGUCAUUUGCCACAUGAAAUGGAUAUCAACUGGGAGGUAACAAACAGAAUGUGGUUCCUUUAAUAUUCCUUCCCUGCGAACGUACGCACCCCUCCGAGUACUGAAUAUUUCACAGCAGUUACAUUUUGGGGAAGUCAAAGAAUCUCUCUUUAUUCAUAGAGAAAAUAAGCUUUAGUGUUAUCCCUCAGUAAUAAAUCAAAUAUCCCUGCUUUUGUUAUGUCAUAUUAUGAUGUAUAACUUUAGAAAACCUAUUUUUGAUGGGUCGUAGUGAAUGGGAUAGCUAUCAAAGCAGUUCAUUGUGGUGCUUUUAAUAGAAAGUGAAAAGGAAUGGAGCAGAGAGGAGUACAGUAAUACAGUAAUAAAUUCUGCUUCAUUGUAAAAAUAUUAAUCUCACCCCCACGUAUUAUCGUCCUGCCCUAGCAGAGUAAUUUAACCUGAACUUCUGAAUUUAUGAGCUCCCUCAUUGUUAAUGAUUUGCUUUUGUGGAUAAUAGUGUCUUAUUCUAUUUCCCAUCAUGGUCAGGCCAUUGUGAGGAAAGCACUAGAUCUCUCUAUAAUCUCUAUAGUCUGUGAAGUCCUAGCCUGCUCCUUAUAUCAGAGGGGUGCCUCAGAGCUCCCUGGAGCCAGCACCCAGCCAAUUGUCUUAUUGUUUUACUGAUUUUAUAUGAUCAAAGAUUAGGAUCCAUGUAUAUGGGCUUGACAUGAUAACCCCACAAUAGCUGAGAUGUUGAAGGAAAUAUAAAGAGCUCCUUGCUUCAUUGUUCAAGUUCCUAUUAAACAGUAAUAAUCUGUGUGUUACUGUUAUUCUUACAUUCCCCGCCCUUGCAGCCAUUGUCCCCCAUUGAACACAAUGGGCCAGGCCUUGAAUAUAAGGUGAGCUAUAAACGGCAGGAUGUGGAGGAGGACUGGCACGAGCAUGUGGUGAAAAGACACUCGUUUGUGGUGAAGGGCACUCCCACGUUUGUGCCAUAUGAGAUCAGGAUCCAGGCGAGGAACUACCAGGGAUGGGGACCAGAACCCAAAGUGAUGACGGGCUACUCUGGGGAGGACUGUGAGUGACUACUGUCCUUUUUUAAUAAAAUCUUACAGCCUUGUAAAUACAAAGAAUGUAUGUGAAUUUCACAAUAAUAAUACUAUUCAAAUGUAUAAGGCCAGUACAGUAUGUACCAUUCAGCUCUGUGUAUUGUUGGCUACAGUCCAUAAAAGCUGGACUCUUUAUUCUUCAAAUUGCUAUACAUUUGUGAGCAGAGUAGUUGAUGAAAUCCAAUGUUUGCUAGUAGCUUGGUUGAGCAUCACUUUAUAGAGCCUAUGUCCCCUUUCACUUAUGCCAAAGUGAAAACUCUCUUUUAGAAGUCAUAAACCAUUUCAUUCCAUACAGUUUUUUAUUUCUAUCUUUAUCUUUAGCUUUCUUUUGGAUUUGCCCUCAGGAUGUAACCUCAGGUCAAAUAUAACACCUCAACCUUGUUAACAAUGUGUUUUCUUCCUUUAGAAGCUUUGUACUCUUCUGUUGUCAUACUGUCUGGUAUCAUCGCUUAGGCAAUAGCACUGAGCCCCACACUAGUUCCACCCUUGUGAAAGUGGUAUAUUUAGAUUGCAGUCACUGAUGUAUAGAUUAUUAUUUGACAGAGGUAAAUCUUUGAAUCACCUAAACACUCAACCCAGCCAACACUACACAUAUGAAUGGCCUGUCUGAUGUGAGUGUGUUUGGCCCUGCAGUCCCAUCCGCAGCCCCUGAUGAUGUAGAGGUGGAGGUGAUGAACAACUCGCUGGUCAAGGUCAGCUGGACACGUGUUCACAAGGACAAGCUGCAUGGACAUCUGGGAGGCUACAGGGUAAUUCCUCAAAACAGCCCAGUAGCUUUAAGACACAGUUUAAAAGGAGAGACCCUGACCACGCUGGAUCUUCUGGCCCUCUCAUCCCACUCCGUCUCCCUACUGCUGACAGCUCACUGUUCCCUUACACUAGUAAAAAAAAAUACUAUAACCCAGACUAUAGCCUUGUUCUAUUUAUGAGCUGUUGUCCUUUUCUCACAUAAUUAUGAUCUGUUAGACCCAUAACACUUUGUCUCCCCUCUGUCAUGGCUGUGUCAGUUAAACUGGUGGCGGCUGCGUAGUCUGCUGGACUCAAAAAAGACUCACGGGAACAAACACACACUGACAUUCCCGGGGGACCGGAACCAUGCCAUGGUACCGGGGCUCACGCCCUUCUCUGAGUACAGCCUCAUCGUCAUGACCUUCAACGGGCGAGGCAACGGGCCAGGCAGCCACGCCGUCAACUUCAAAACUCCCGAGGGAGGUAAGACAGGAGGGGAGAGGUCUGGGGUGCCAUGGAACAUAUUGAUUCAGUACUGUCCAACUGAAGAAGAAAAUAACUAUCUAGAGACAAUAUUAUUGUGCUACACUAUCAAACUGCUUACUACCUGUAUAUUAUUUUGUUUCUCAGUUCCAGAGAAAAACCCAGUUUUCAGGGUCACAGAUGUUCAGAAGCACACCGUUGCUCUCACCUGGGCACCUCCUCUGGUUGCCAAUGGAGUCCUCACAGGAUACCGGCUAGAGUAUCAGCUAAGUGUGUACAACUCUUUCCCCUUCCCCGUUGAACUGCAGUCUCUUACAUGCACCAGCCUACCUUCAUUCAAAGUGACUAGCGAUUCCUUGAUCUUACCACUAGGAGAUAUUGUUGUGCUUGUGAAUGGUGCUACAGCACGUUGUUGAACGCUUUGUUAAUGAGGGUUUAUAGUUUAGUUCCUACAGCUGGUGUUCUAUUAUAGAAAUGUGAGAAAUGCAUGCAGAGCUGUGAUUGUGAAGAUCCACAGGUUUAAAUCUCACAGUGAUUGCAUGAGAAUAAGAUUAAAUGGGGGGAAACUCAGAUUAAAAUAAUGAGGCUUGAAUACAACUAAAUGUUAAAUGUCUCUUAUUGGAUGGCAUCAGAAAGCAUGGAAGUGGAUAUCCAAGUAUGACUUAUUGAUAGUAUAACCAGGGAUGACCCCCUUGGUGGAAAAAAAUCACUGUGUUGUUCUGAUGAGAGAGGGGUCAGUGUUGGGUUGGGGUGUGACACACUGGCCUGUGUGGUGUGUCAUGAUCCGGCCCCAACAGCGCUGACCAAGGCCAGCGUGUCACAGCCUUUUAAGGUCUUUGUUAGUGACCCGAUACCGUCCACUGGGGACUUCAUCACAACCAACGUCCCAGAUUAAUCCCAAAGGAAACAGUCACUGGACAACCAUAACGUGCAUGUGUAUGUCUCACCCUUCAUCCCUGGCCUGAAACAAUGAUGAUGAUGAGGCUAAUUACAAAGUUUUAAAGAAAGCUUUGCACAGCAACUCUCCCUAAUGGUUUUUGAUUUUGCCGCUGUGCAAGAGGGCCAAAAGUGUCAUGCUGUAUUUCAGAAGAAGGGACGUUUACAUUGUGCAAGCGUGAUAAAGCUGAUGGACUCUUUUGAAGUGAGGGGUUUUUGAAGUCCCCUUGAAGGAACUUGUGUGUGAAAUGUUAAGGAUAAUGCACACAGCUGUCAGCAUGGCACCGGGAGGAAGCACCAGAGGAAUUUAAAGGCUGCUGCACAGCUGUUCCAGGGCUGAGCCCAGCUUCUUAGAGGGCCUUGCUAACUAAAUAUUUCACAGGUUCCACAGGACCUACACUGUUACAUUGAGAGCUAGUUCCAUCACUAGGGAGGGCUGAACCAACUCACAAUGCAGAUCAGAUAUUAUACAUGCUUACAUAGCGUGGUCAUGUAUCCAUCACCCCAACAUAUCAUGAGUGUCCUUUUCAAAUGAUCAAUCAAAGGCUUCUUUUCAGAGAGAUCCUAUGUGUCCAUUAAUAUAGUAACACAAGUUUAAUUCAGUGUCUGUGUGUGUUUAGUCAAUGACACAGAGGAGGUGGGUGUCCUGCAGUCGGUGGACAUCAGCCGCCCUGACACCACCACGUGUGUCCUGCGGGACCUCGAGGCUGUCAGCAGGUACAAGUUCUACCUGCGCUCCUGCACCAGGGUGGGCUGUGGGCCCCAGGUCAGCGAGGAGAGCACCACCACGCCUGAAGCACGUAAGUCACACAGGCCGGGGUGUUGCAGGGCAGAUGGGGGAUACUGGAGGAAGUCCUAUAUGGACAGAAGGGGGCAUGGGUUUAGGGUUGGGGGUAAUAGUGAGCUGUGGCAGCCAGACUUUGGGAUGAUGUACUUUGUAGAUGACCAAGCCUGUACUCUGUAGAUGACCAAGACUGUACUCUGUAGAUGACCAAGCCUGUACUCUGUAGAUGACCAAGCCUGUACUCUGUAGAUGACCAAGACUGUACUCUGUAGAUGACCAAGCUUGUACUCUGUAGAUGACCAAGACUGUACUCUGUAGAUGACCAAGCCUGUACUCUGUAGAUGACCAAGCCUGCACUCUGUAGAUAACCAAGCCUGUACUCUGUAGAUGACCAAGCCUGUACUCUGUAGAUGACCAAGCCUGUACUCUGUAGAUAACCAAGCCUGUACUCUGUAGAUGACCAAGCCUGUACUCUGUAGAUGACCAAGCCUGUACUCUGUAGAUGACCAAGCCUGUAUACUGUAGAUGACCAAGCCUGUACUCUGUAGAUGACCAAGCCUGUACUCUGUAGAUAACCAAGCCUGUACUCUGUAGAUGACCAAGCCUGUACUCUGUAGAAGACCAAGCCUGUACUCUGUAGAUGACCAAGCCUGUACUCUGUAGAUGACCAAGCCUGUACUCUGUAGAUAACCAAGCCUGUACUCUGUAGAUGACCAAGCCUGUAUACUGUAGAUGACCAAGCCUGUACUCUGUAGAUGACCAAGCCUGUACUCUGUAGAUGACCAAGCCUGUACUCUGUAGAUGACCAAGCCUGUACACUGUAGAUGACCAAGCCUGUACUCUGUAGAUGACCAAGCCUGUACUCUGUAGAUGACCAAGCCUGUACUCUGUAGAUGACCAAGCCUGUACUCUGUAGAUGACCAAGCCUGUAUACUGUAGAUGACCAAGCCUGUACUCUGUAGAUGACCAAGCCUGUACACUGUAGAUGACCAAGCCUGUACUCUGUAGAUGACCAAGCCUGUACUCUGUAGAUGACCAAGCCUGUACACUGUAGAUGACCAAGCCUGUACUCUGUAGAUGACCAAGCCAUUUCAGUAAUGGCUUGGCCCAGAAUUUCAGGGAAUAUGAUAUUGGCUCCAACUGCCAGGCUUUUCAUAUCUCCAUCUAAGUAAUUUUUGUUGGUAAACAAUAUCAUAAGGGUGUGAGAAGGGGUUUCAUUCGUCAUUGUCAUGAAAGAGCAAGUGCUUAUUGAUUUAAAGGAGAAAGCAAGCUAUGAAACAACCAGCUGGAAAAUAGAUUUGCCUUCGGCAAGAGAAACUGUAUAUUUUCUAUAUCAUAUUGUAUUAUUAUAUAGGAAUUGGUGAGGUAAGUCAAUUGCCAGCCAUUGCAGUAUGUUUGGUUCAUGCAUGUUUGGUUCAUUUUAUAAAACACUUCACAUGAGUGGUAGAUAUGUACUCUUCUGAGUCUGUGGGAGUAUAGAUAAGGGGGUGGCACCAGUCAAAUAUAAUUAGAAUCUAAUGAAAAUAAGCAAGUGCACUUGAUUUUGUAAUGGAGAGUCUGUACUGUAUUCUGAGGUGCCACAGCACACACAGCCUCUGUCCAACAACAGUAAUAAUUCAUUUGGGUCCUCUCUAAUAGUACAUUUUAGUAGACGCUCUUAUCCAGAGCAACUUACAGGAGCAAUUAGGGUUAAGUGCCUUGCUCAAGGGCACGUCAACAGAUUUUUCAGCAAGUCUGCUCAGGGAUUCGAGCCAGCGACCUUUCAGUUACUGGUCCAAUGCUCAUAAUCGCUAGGCUACCUGCAAGUAAGGGCUUUCACAUGAAUAUAAAUGUACAGUAUAACAAAACAUAGCAUCCUAUUCAAUCUCAGUAAGCAGGCUUCUGGGAUGAAUUCAAAAACAUCAAAUUUGGUGUGCUGUGAGAAUGCAUGUUUAGAUAAUAUUGUUUUGGAUGUAUAUCCUGUAAAUACAAGUUACACUCUUAUAAAAAAGGGUUCCAAAAGGUUUCUUUGGCUGUCCAUAUAAGAGAACCCUUUUUGUUUCCAGGUAUAACCCUUUUUGGUUUCAGGUAGAAACCUUUUUUUCUACCUGGAACCCAACGUUUUUUUUUAACCUGGAACCAAUAAGGGUUCUACCUGGAACCAAUAAGGGUUCUUCAAAGGUUUCUCCUGUGGGGACAGCUGAAAAACCCUUUUAGGUUCUACAUAGCACCUUUUAUUCUAAGAGUGUUGAUUGAGAUGGGCCAUAAUUGUAAUUUACUUCAUUUACACAAAUUGAUGCAUCUUUUUCAUGCUUAUGUUGCGGUUGGUGUCUGCAUAUGCUUUCGCUAUGCCAUGCUAAUGUACACUGAACAAAAAUAUAAACGCAAAGUGCUGGUCCCAUGUUUCAUGAGCUGAAAUAAAAGAUUCCAGAAAUGUUCCAUACGCACAAAAAGCUUAUUUCUCUUACGUUUUCUGAACAAAUUCGUUUACAUCCCUGUUAGUGAGCAUUUGUCCUUUGCCAAGAUAAUCCAUCCACCUGACAGGUGUGGCAUAUCAAGAAGCUGAUUAAACAGCAUGAUCAUAACACAGGGGCACCUUGUGCUGGGGACAAUAAAAGGCCACUCUAAAAUGUACAAUUUUGUCACACAACACAAUGCCACAGAUGUCUCAAGUUUUGAGGGAGUGUGCAAUUGGCAUGCUGACUGCAGGAAUGUCCACCAGAGCUGUUGGCAGAUAAUUGAAUGUUAAUUUCUCUAUCAUAAGCCGCCUCCAACAUUGUUUUAGAGAAUUUGGCAGUACGUCCAACUGGCCUCACAACCGCAGACACGUGUAUGGCGUCAUGUGGGCGAGCGGUUUGCUGAUAUCAACGUUGUGAACAGAGUGACAGUGGGGUUAUAGUAUGGGCAGGCAUAAGCUACGGACAAUGAAAACAAAUGCAUUUUAUCGAUGGCAAUUUGAAUGCACAGAGAUACCGUGACGAGAUCCUGAGGCCUAUUGUUGUGUCAUUCAUCCGCCACCAUCACCUCAUGUUUCAGCCUGAUAAUGCAUGGCCCCAUGUCACAAGGAUCUGUACACAAUUCCUGGAAGAUGAAAAUGUCCCAGUUCUUCCAUGGCCUGCAUACUCACCAGACAUGUCAACCAUUGAGCAUGUUUGGGAUGCUCUGGAUUGAUGUGUACGACAGCGUAUUCCAUUUCCCGCCAACAUCCAGCAACUUCGCACAGCCAUUGAAGAGGAGAGGGACAACAUUCCACAGGCCACAAUCAACAGCCUGAUCAACUCUGCGAAGGAGAUGUUUCACGCUCCAUGAGGCAAAUGGUGAUCACACCAGAUACUGACUGGUUUUCUGAUCCACGGCCCUACCUUUUUUUAAGGUAUCUGUGACCAACAUAUGCAUAUCUGUAUUCCUAGUCAUGUGAAAUCCAUAGAUUAGGGCCUAAUGAAUUUAUUUAAUUCGACUGAUUUCCUUAUAUGAACUGUAACUCAGUAAAAUCUUUGAAUUUGUUGCAUGUUGCAUUUAUAUUUUUGUUCAGUAUAUGUAAGGCUUUUAACUUGUGCAAUUGAAAAUAAUCUAUGCCUAUCAGGUAUCCAUCGUUUUGAUGGGUACAUUCAGUGUGUGGUGUGGAAGCUGAAACCACUUUCAAAACAUGUACCUGCUUGGCAAUGCGUUCCUUUUUUCUUUUCUAUCUCUUCACCAGCUUCAACAGCGGUGUCCACUGUCAACUUCAGUAUGUAGAUUUCUGUUUAUGUGCAGUAAAAAGAACUACUGUAGUCUAACGCUGCUGUAAAUCAUGCCCUCGGGUAUAUUAACUACGUUGAUUUAUUACUGCAUGAGUCUGCAAUUCAAUAAUUGUAUCAUAUCCUUGGUAGAUAGUUGAGUAGUACUGUAGCUCUCUCAUUCCAUUUCUGAGAACGACUCAUGCUAUUCUUUUGAUAUACCUGUUAGUAUGAUUUCUGUAAGCUAUAGUUUCUUUAACAUAGACUAGCUGUGUGCAUGAAUAUGGAUAAAGGGCUGAUAAACGGGUGGGAGGUGACAGCUACAGACAGCUCUAGACAGCUCCUGCCUCCAUGGUUGAAUGGGUCAAGCAGGCAUUUAGCAAAAGUUACUGAAUCUGAUGUCAGCAACAAUUAAGACCUUUAAUAUUUCACACAAAUACGAAACUAAAAUGAUGCAGAUACUCCUCUCAUCUGUGAAUAAUUGCCCUUGUCUGUUGCUUGCCCUUGCCGUCAGCGCUGAGCACUCUGAUGCCUCCUUUCAUUAGUAGACCAAUACAGACUCCCCUGUUUUCAGACCAAGUUUGUGGUUUUCUCUGCAAUAACAAUGGUAAUGAGGAUCCUGAUUAUAAAUUCAUAUUAAUCCGAUCUCAUUAGUGAAUCUCUGAAUGAAUAUUGACUUGUGUUCUAACAACAACAGGAUCAAUGCCACCUGUAUUACAAAAGCAACAGGAUCAAAUGAAUCUUUAAGUGCAACAUACAGGAAGGCUAUCAGACAGGCAUCUAUAUUGUAGUGUCAUUCAGUUCAAAUGAUGGCGUCUUUGCCUCAAACCGAACAGUGGAAUAGUCGCUUCCUGUAGUACAAAUGAUUACCAAUGAUCAUAUCUAACCAUAAAUUAGACCUUAUUUCCUAGUUGUUUGAUGGUAUUCAUUGCUCUGUAGUAGUAACCACCCUGACUAGUCAUUAUAGUAGACAUAUCUGUAGACUAGAAACUAAUAUCAGUCCAAUAGACUAGAAACUAAUAUCAUUCCACAAUACCCAUACUUGUAAUGUACUAACAAUUUGUCUAGUAGUCAGUAGACAGUAGCUCCCCCUCCCUAACUCAAAAAAAUAGCCAAUAAUCUCAAGAUCUGUCUUUCUUUUCAGACCAGUCUGCUUCCCCCUCACCUCCAAGCACUGCAGUCUCCCACGUGUCCAAUGCCACCCGUUCCAACAUAGGUAUACAUGUCACCAAUUGUGUUCAGUAUGGCAAUGAGAGCCAUAGGUGGAAAUACUGGAAACUCAAGUGAUCGCAAUGACACAAAUACUCUAUUUUGAACUUCAAUCAAUGAAAAACUAACCUAAGUAUCGAUGUUGAGUUAAAGUCCAGAAAAUGGCUCAACAACAGACAGUCAAGUUAUUGAAUCUAUUCCAUACCCAAAGGUGUGAAUGUAGUGUGUUGAAGUUUGAACAGGACAAAUAUGUCUUUCAUUUUUACAUUUUAGUCAUUUUAGCAGACGCUCUUAUCCAGAGCGACUUACAGUUAGUGAAUACAUAUUAUAAUUUUUUAUACUGGCCCCCCGUGGGAAUCAAACCCACAACCCUGGCGUUGCAAACGCCAUGCUCUAUCAACUGAGCUUCCCCCUCACCUCCCUGCCAGCCAUUCCCUCCCCUACCCUGGACGACGCUGGGCCAAUUGUGCACCGCCCAUGAGUCUCCCGGUCGCAGCAGGCUGCGACAGAGCCUGGAUUCAAACCAGGAUCUCUAGUGGCACAGUUAGCACUGCAAUGCAGUGCCUUAGACCACUGCGCCACUCAGGAUAUUGUCUAGGAUUGAUUUUUUGGGGCCCAGUCCUCUUUUACACGGCAGAAUAUUGACCAAACAGUCACCUGAACAUUUCCUUGUAACCUUCAACUGGGUAACAACAAUAGUGCCGUGGGGCAAGCAAAUGUCCAUAGCACCAUUUGAGCUGAGGGAAAUGUCGGCUUAGCCAGGCAGAGUGAGGAGGAGGUGUGAGCUCUUAAGGAGACAGUAAUGUUUAGGGGACUGAGAUAAGUGGAUAAAUGGACAACUUUUGAAAGCUGUAGAUCAGAAUAUUUCUGUGUACUGGGUCACUCCUUUCAAUAGAGCUCCCUGUCUUCGAAGAGCCAUCUUUCAGGCAUUGUGGCAGGGCCAGGGCUGCGCUCCCUGCUGUGGCAGCAGAUGCUUUCUGCAGCCUUUAAUACCAGGCUGAGCAGCGCAGUAACAAACACGCCAAGCCCUGGGAUAUUUUUAGUCAGGCCCUGUGUCACUUAGUCAUCAUACUAAGCGAAUGAUGGAAAUUACCAUAGUUACGAAGUCAUACAUCAGCAUUACCCACGGUGUGUCAUUUGUGCUCACAGGGAUGGGCAGCACAGACACAGGUGUCCUUGUGUACUGAAUUAUCACCUGAGAAAAUAUGACACCUGAGCAGGAGACACAGUCACAGAUUUGCAUGUUUGCCUGAGGGAAAUGAAGGGGAUCGGUUGCUGUUGACCGGCUCAGACCAAAGCUUUAUUUUCCAGCUUUAGCAAUAUGGAGUGAUGCAUGAUUCUCACCCUCACUCCAGGUGCAGUGGUUCUUUGAUUUCUUCUAGGUGUCAGAGUCUUCAGAGUCUUUAUUAGUCUGUUAUUGUCUAGUGUAUUCACCACUGUGUACAUGAGUUAAACUGCAGUGAGGCACAGGGACUUGCUAACCUCUCAUAUUUAACAUUCCCAUUGAUGUGUUUACUGUUGUAGAAGAAAAGCUCAAUUUUGAAAUUGAACCCUUCCACGUGAACCUCUUGAACUCCUCCACAUCUUAAGCAUAUUUUCCAUAGGGGUAUGUACACUGAAUGUACAAAACAUUAUAAUAUUGUGUUGCCCCUUUAGCCCUCAGAACAGCCUCAAUUAGUUGGGUAAUGGACUCUACAAGGUGUCGAAAGUUGACUCCAAUGCUUUCCACAGUUGUGUCAAGUUGGCUGGAUGUCCUUUGUGUGGUGGACCAUUCUUGAUACACACGGGAAACUGUUGAGCGUGAAAAACCCAGCAGCAUUGCAGUUCUUUACACACUCAAACUGGCGCGCCUGGCACCUACUACCAUACCCGUUCAAAGGCAUUUAAAUCUUUAUAUUGUCAAUUCACCCUCUGAAUGACACACACACAAGCCAUGUCUCAAUUGUCUCAAGGCUUAAAAAUCAUUCUUUAACCAGUCUCCUCCCCUUCAUCUACACUGAUUGAAGUGGAUUUAACAAGUGACAUCAAUAAGGGAUCAUAGCUUUCACCUGGAUGCACCUGGUCAGUCUAUGUCAUGGAAAGAGCAGGUGUUCUUAAUGUUAGGUACACUCAGUGUACAGUACAUAUGUAUUUCAGCAGGGUAAAUCUAUGUGAUUUGAAAACCGAUAGCAAUCAGUGGUAUUGCUUAAGAAAAUGAGUCAAUAAGCAGGGUUUUGCUUUGUUCAUUCGUCUGCAGGUUUCAGUGGAUGCAUGCUAUCUAUAGAUUUCCAUUCAGCUCUGCGGGCUUUCCUUGUCAUAACAUUUCCAUAUCAUUGCUGUUUUCCUUUGGUCAUUUCAUUACAAGUGAUUCAUGAAAUGUGUAAAAGUUAUUGAUAAGCCUUCAUUCUGUAUCCUCAAGUCGUAUUAGGAAUGAAACACAUAAGCAAACUCCCUGGCCAGCUUUAGAUGUAAUGUUUUAUUGUGUGGAUGUAAUCUGUCCUCUCCUUACUAUCCUUUACUAACCCUGUUCUGCCAUUUCUCCCCUCUUCUGUCUGUCAGUCCCAGCCCUGUUGAAUAUUAGUUCCUCAGUUAGUGACAACUUUGCAAAUAUCAGCUGGAUUCCGGGAAGCGAACAAACAGAUUCAGAGUUUUAUGUUGCAUAUAUGAACAACCGUAAGCACAUAUUACUUCUCUGUCCAUUUGUAGUCUAUUUUGCAGUUAUACAUGUUUAAGGUGAUUUUGAAUGUAUUGGUAACAUCUGAGAAAUCUGUAUUCCAUAUUACCGUUACAUGUUAGAAAUGUUGUUCUGUGUUAUUUCAUCGAACUCUCUGUAAAUAACCUUUAACCCUUGACCCUUCACCCCUCAUGAGUACUAACCCUCCCUGAUUGUGCACCUUAUAGGUAAAGGUAACUGGAAGAUCUCUGAGGCAGUUAACAUCUCUAAGACUUUCCACAUCAUUGAGGGGCUGGAGCCUGGGACUGCGUACACUGUGCGCCUUAUGACUAAGAACUGGGUUGAUAAUUCUAGUAUUUUUGAAGAUGUAAUCAGGACCAGGGUUAAAGGUGAGCAGGGAUGCAACAGGAAAAGAAGCAAACGCUCUCCCAACCCUCAUUCAACUCCCCACCUACAUAAGCACCACAACCAAUUGAGUCUUAUUGAGUACUAGGCCUAUGCAGGUGCACCAAUGUCCUUGAACGUGUCUCAAGGUAUAUCAUGCAUGGUUUUCUCAGUGUCAAUAGGAUUCCAUUUUUUUUUUUUUUUUCUGUGUGACUUGGUGAAAGGAAUCCUGUUUGAACAGCCUCCUCAGUUGAUUAAUUAGACAAGGGGAUUAGCUGUUUAAUAUUAAUACUGGUACAUUUCCAUUUCAGCGUAACCUGCUGCCUCUCUGCCUCUGCAUCAGAUAGACUUUGUCGAUGUAAACAUUCAAUGAAGUGUCCUCAUGAAAGGCAGAGUCAAGUCAAUGUCAAAGAGUCAUGUUGCUGUUUAUUUUCCUCUCCUCAGGUCUGGCAAGCAUCCAUGGAGGAAUCUCCACUCAGGGCUGGUUCAUCGGGCUGAUGUGUGCCGUGGCUCUCCUCACACUCAUUGCGUUAAUCGCCUGCUUUGUCAACAGAAAUAAAGGAGGGAAAUAUUCUGGUAGGUGCUCACUCUCAAACACACACACACUGCACCUUAUGAAUGCUAACUAAUCAUUACACUAGGCAUCAUUAUAUUUCCAUUUAGAGUCCUCGUUACAAAAGAUAAAUUAUACAUCACUCUGGACACCGUUAUAGAUAUACUUAAGCUGAUAUAUUAUUGUUUGUAGAAAUAUACAUCACACCACUGCUCAAAAUGUCAACGCUGAUAUAUUUAGAGUAUAAUGGGAACUUGAAUUAAUGGGAGCAUAUGCAUUUGUAUUCAUAACAUUUAAAUACAGCAUAUUUGGAAUAUGCUGAAUUUGAAUAACAAAGCAUACAAUGCACAAAAUACACAGAAGAUAUGCAAAUGUUAUGGUCACAUGCCAGUGGUGGUGUGAUGCCAUAAGCACCAGCCAGGGUAUCUUAAUGCCAGUCCUGUCUGUGGGGGAUGGGGGUUCUUUUACAGUCCCUUUCAUCUUUAUACACUUAUUGGGCACCAGGUUCAGCUCAGCUAAUUGCCCAUCAUGUCAGAAAGACAGUCUAAAUCACAGGGCUUUGUUCUGUGUUGCCUUCAUUAAACACUACCUCCUGCACUUUCACUGAUAGUAAGCUUUCCACUUUGAAAUUAGGAUUCAUUUGUUACUCAUAUUGUAAAUGUUGCUGACAUCAAGCACUAAUGAGUAUGUUGUUACUUCAGAAUGUGAGAAAACUUGUAAGGUGUUUUAACAGAACAUUAUUGUGUCUUUAUCAACCCUUACAAUAAAACAUUUGAAAAAACACUUUUUUUGCCCACAUGAGUCAGACACAGGGUUUUCAGACACAUGGUAGGUUCUACAUGGAUUUUUGACAUGUAUAUUUUUCACGUUUAUUUUUCACGUGACUCAGAAACAUUUGACUCAGACACAUUUCCCAACGAUAUUAUACAUUUCACUAGAUCCCGGGUCUCCAAUGGGAGAAGCCAAUGUCUUGACCAUUAAACCAAGCGGGUCAACACUUUUUCUCUUCCAAUGUAUAUUUAUUAUACAUUUAUCACAAUCUCUGAAUAUUGACUGUUCGAUUCAGAAUAGGGCAGUCAAAUGUUUAACAUUUUUAUCAAGUUGCUAAAAUUUAGCUGUAAUUUAAGAUUUUUAAAAUAAAAAGCAUUACAAGAAUAUUGACGUCUUGAUUUUGUCCAAAGUAACGGUUAGCAAAAUCAGCUAAAUUGAUAAAGCACACUUUCUUUAACCUCAAUCUCAACUUGUUUUGACAUCGCAUUGUUGUUUUUAGCUGUAUCGAUUAUGUAUUUUGGAUGAUUCAGUGUAUUUUGAUUAAUGCGAUUAACUCUAACAGCCCUAAUUCUAAAUAAUCUCUUUAUAUAGAAGUAUCUGUUUACAUUCAUUCCAAAAGCAAACAUAUUCACACAUUUUCAAAUACAUUAAAAUCCCUUUUAGGCCUGUGUAUUAAAUGUAACAAAAACCAAUGGACAGCUAACUAUAACAGAAGACCAACGUAAGAAGAAGAGACACGCGCUUGCUGCAGUAAUACACUGAAUGCCUCUCCUUAGUGGUAGCAAUUGUUUUUCAUGUGAACUUUCAAUUCUACAUGUGAAAAUGAGAUUUACACGUGGAGUUUUCUUAGAUGUGAAAUUGCAAAUGUGAUUUUCUCAUGUUAAAGGUCCAAUGCAUCCGUUUUUAUCUCAAUAGCAAUCAUUUAUGGUUAACAAUUAAAUACUUUACUGUGAUUGUUUUCAAUUAAAAUUGUCGAAAAGAAACAAGAAUAGCCUCUUAGUAAAGAGCAAUUUCUCAAGCAAGAAUUUUGCUAGGACUGUCUGGAAGUGGUCUGAGUGGGAAGGGGAAAACUGAAAACUAGCUGUUAUUGGCAGAGAGGUUUGGAACUCUCAUUGGUCUAAUAACUAAUUUACCGUCUAGUGAUGUCACCAGGCAGGCAAAAACUCCAUCCCACCAUAACAGGCUGAUAUUUCAGGCUGUCUUUUCAAACAGCUCUUACACUAAAAUGGCAUCAUCAUCAUUUUCACAAUUUCACAGUAUUUUUCCAACCUCAUAGUGUGGGAAUAUACACUGAGUGUACAAAACAUUAGGAACAUGCUUUUUCCAUGACAUAGACUGACCAGGUAAAUCCAGGAUAAAUCUACUGUAUGAUCCCUUAUUGAUGCCACUUGUUAAAUCCACUUCAAUCAGUAUAGAUGAAGGGGAGGAGACCGGUUAAAUAAUGAUUUUUAAGCCUUGAGACAAUUGAGACAUGGAUUAUGUAUGUGUGCCAUUCAGAGGGUGAAUGGGCAAGACAAAAGAUUAAGUGCCUUUAAACGGGGUUUGGUAGUAGGUUCCAUGUGCACUGGUUUGAGUGUGUCAAGAACUGCAACGCUGCUGGGUUUUUCACGCUCAACAGUUUCCUGUGUGUAUCAAGAAUGGUCCACCACCCAAAGGACGUCCAGCCAACUUGACACAAUUGUGGGAAGCAUUGGAGUCAACAUGGGCCAGCAUCCCUGUGGAACGCUUUCGACAACUUGUAGAGUCCAUGCCCCGAAGAAUUUAGGAUAUUCUGAGGGCAAAAGGGGGUGCAACUCAAUAUUAGAAAGGUGUUCCUAAUGUUUUUUACACUCAGUGGAUAUCAAACACAGGAAAAUCACGUUUUUGACUGCACUGGGCCUUUAAUGUUUUUCAAAUGUGAACUUACAAUUCACAUGUGAGGUGAAAACAUGUUAUUCUCCUCACAGGUGAAAAGGUGGGUUUAACAUAUGAACUCUAAAUUUAAUACAUGUGAAAAUAUGGUUUUGCAUGUGAAAUUUAAGCUCAACAUGUGAAAGCAACCAUUUCACCUGUUUUUUUUUGUAAGGGAAGGUAAAAAGUUGUUUAUGGAAUGUUAUACUGUACUCAUGGUACCCUAAAGAAUGAUCUUUCUCUCUGAGCAGUAAAGGAGAAAGAGGACCUCCACCCAGACCUUGAAUCUCAGGGUAUGCAUGACGACACCUUCUGUGAAUACAGGUAAAUCACACCUCCAACCACCGUUACAUCGAGAAUUCAGACAACAGCUCAUAUUACAUUGUACCCAAUGUUUUGAAUUGUAUCACAUCAUAUAAUUAUAUCUCUGCAUUUCUCCUGAUUUAAAAGAAAACCCCACAUGCAUGAGCUAUACACGGACCCUCACAGACAUCCCUGUUCGAGACAUGUGAUGGGCUGAGUAACAUGUAGGCUAAACAUGUAUGUGGUAAACAGCAACAAACACCCCUGUUGUUGUUGACGAAUCAGUGAUGUUGAUGUGGUAUCACCCUAUAGGGUGCAUUGUGAUUAGGUAGAUGUGUGGUGGUAGAGCUCAGCUCAUUAGCAGGAACAGCCUCAUUGUUCAGAUGUUCCUAAUUGUUUCUGAAUGGAGCUCAAUGAAGGAUGGCUGCCUGGCCGCAACACAACCUAGCAGGAGGCUAAAACCAAUCUGUGUAAUUGAAUGCAGCUCGUCUCUGGGGCAGUAAUAUCUGUGUUCUAUUCAUUAAUCCUCCACUGGUUGGAUUCAGAACACACUAACAGAGUGAAACUCAGAGACCCACACUCCACUCCAAUCAGUAGAGUCUCACACUCAGAACCUAAAUUGGUGUUAUGAAUCAAAAGUAGCCAAGACAUCUUUCCUCAUGUGGUCACAGUAAAGUUGAGAAGUAGAGUGGUGUGUAUGGUCCUUAAAAUAUAUGGCCCCCAAUGUCAGACCACGGGAAAGCACAUUUAUCGUAUUGAACACUAUAUCAGCCCGACAUCCGCAUCAAUACCCUGUCUUCUUUAAAUCACCCCAUUCAUUGUCACAUACAGUACAUUGAUAUACUGUACAUGUAUAGUUUAAGUACACUUGACAUGAGUGCCCCUUACUAGUGCACAUAUUUGAUCAUUUUUUCUUCCAUCAGUCAGUCAGAGGUAAACAUUGCUGCCAAAUCACCGAAGCUCUUCAUUGAAGCUUUAUGGGUUCAAACCUGCCUGUGUCCCUGUCCUCACCAGUAAAGCCUAUUGAGUUAAGCCAUGAGUGAAAUUAGGUGGAUUUUAAAUCCCCUGUCUUUUUGCCAUCGUGUUGUGACACAGUGACAACGAUGAGAAGCCACUGAAGGGCAGCCAGCACUCUCUGAGCGGACAGAUCAAAGCAGAGGACAGUGGGGACAGCCUGGUGGACUAUGGGGAUGAGGACGUCCAGUUCAACGAGGAUGGCUCCUUUAUCGGCGAGUACGCUGGACGCAAGGAAAAAAGGGUGUCCAUGGAAGUCAAAGGAACCCCCAAUCAGAGCAAAGCGUAAGAGAAAGGAAAUGGGGCCAUCAUCCAUCCUUAGGACAACACUUUCAUCAGACUGGUGGAGGGGGGACAUAAAGGAAGUACAUGACAUCAUCCAUACCAAGCACAAUCUCAUGUGAAAUGUAAUGUGUCAUUGUCAGCUGCACUGCCAUCUUCAUUUUAUAAAGCUUGUUCUUUUAUCAAACUGUAACAGAAUGCAUCAUUUCGAAAUGUAUAUAUUAUUGUAUGUGUGGAGUGUUUUAUAUUACUACAAAUCAGUGAAAACCUUUGAGGCUUUUGCAUUUUUUUGUCAAAUGCAACAACUGUUUGUAAUCCACUCAAAUAUAAAAGGAAGAAAAUAAGAAAAGUCCAGUCCAUUUUGCUCCUUGUGUUAUACUGCCAGGUCUCUCAUUCCCAGUCAUCUUUUAGCAAACAACACGUGUUAGUGAGCAUAUGAUGUCUGUCUUGUUCAGUUGAAGCAAAUAUUAUUGACAUUUUAUAUUUGAAAUGCAUUCAUUAAAUAUGAUUUUAAUAUGUGUACAAAAGUUGUUUAUUAACUUAUUUCCUGGUUUUAUACAUGACAAAAUAAUAACAAAAUGGAUGCCUCAGUUAUAUCACAUGAUGAAAUACACAAAAGACCUAAGGCAGGUGGGUCAUUCCACUGAUUAGGUGCCUUUUGAGUAGUGUAACUUGGUCAACAUUAUAUCUUUUUUAACCUAAUUUCAAUAUUCUGUAAUAAAGACCAAAUGUUAAACUUAAUAAAAUAAAAAAAUUAUCGCAUCUCAAUAGGUUAAAUAAAUAAAAAAUACUAUAGUAAGUGCCUAUUAAGUGCCAAAUAUAGUAACAGGGUUGACCGUAACAGGGUUGACGACUUAAUCUUGAAUCAGCCAUAAAUCCCCUUGUGACGGGGAAUAGAAGCUUGAUGUGUGCAACAGGGAAGGGCAAUUGAAUGCAAGCUUCACAAAAAAUGUUUAAUUAUAGAAAAAUGUCUAGCCUGUCUAUCUGUAGAUAACAGGGUUCAUGUGUUAUGCUCAACCCACUCAGUUUUACACCACAAAACACCAGAAACACCAGAUUUUACACUAUGAUUUGACUAUUAUGUUCAAUGUUUCUUUUGAAAAAAAUAUUUAAAAAUGAAUAGUUUCAAUAUAUUAAAACGAGAGUUCAGUUCACAUAACAGGGUUGACCUUAACAUGAGGGACAGGUUAUUUUUUUUAACCUUAAAAUGAAUCACUAAUCACAUUAAAUAUAUAAUCAUUUUCAGAAAUGAGUGUCAAAGCAACAAAAUAACUAGGGCUUUACAAUGAUGGUGAAAACUUGGAGAAACGUUGGGGUUAAGUGGAUUACAAUCACAGAGGAUGCACAGAGCAACAUGAAUUGUAUGUCUAUUCAUAUAAAAAAAAUCGGAUUUAUUGAAUUUUCCAUGUGGUCUAUAUUACAGGCCACUUCAUUUAAUAUAACAGGCAAUUCAAUAUUUGUGCACAAUUUCUACUUAAUAUAUCCAAGGGACACAAAAGGCACUCAUUUCAUGGAACGACCCAGGUGCUCUGAGAACGCUCAGUUGAUAACGGAAAGUACGUAUACUGUUGUUGUAGACAUUUCCGAUACAAUUUCCAAGGUGAAGCUGUGAUUCAGUGGUUUUAUGUCAGCUCGCUACAACAUGCAGACAAUUAUCAACCGAGUUACCGCUUCAUCUAGUUCAUCAACAUACCAAUUAAAGCAUGGCUUAAUGUUGUUCCAAUGUUCUUAGAACAGCCUUGCUCAUUACAACUUGCAUGCCAUUGUAGACACUGCCAUUCAACUCCAAAAAUGAACCAUAGUAGGCCUGUUUUAAAGUCAACCUAAACGUUAACAUGAUGAUUGCCUUCUAUUGCAUCUUUGUACAAAUACAUGUACAGCAAUUGCAUGUGUUUCAGAAUGUUUAUGGAUGUUUUUGAUGUUAUUAAAUUGUUUCACUUUUCAUAACCGUUGGCCAUGGACUGACUGUCCGUCUUUAAACUGUAUAUAGAAAGAACACUUCAAUUUAAAUAUAAACUAUUUGUGCUUUGGGGUUUGUAAUAAACUGAACAUUCUGCAGAAAGCUUUGAAAUGCCAUUACAACAUCCACUGGUUGGGAUGCAGAACAUGACUAUGCCUAUGUUACAAUGUGGUAAGUGUUCUGUCUGAUGAACAUUUUGUUGUAAACAAUGCAUAACACCAUUGGGACAUGAAUGGGUAUACUUUGUGUGGGGCUGAUUCUGUUAAGUUACUGUAAUUUACUGCAUAUUUACAGUAAUCACUCAAUUACAUUUUUACCUCACAUUGUGCCAAAUUGUGUUGGAGCUUCUCUAAUUCAUAGAUUAUAGAAUGCAUAUGUUUCUUUAGCUUUGAGUUUAGAUAUGUAUUGACGUCAUCAGGUGUUAAUUAGGUAGGGACCUUCCUGAUAAAGCAAUAUCAUAUGCAGAAACAGAUCACACUCCAAUCAUGACAGACUUGAAAUCAGACGUCUGAGAACGUGUUUCCAGAGUUGUAAGAACAGUGGGGGGGGAAAUGUAUUUGAAAAGGUAUCACUUCAAGGUCAUGCUUGUUUCCAAGGAUGUUAAUGGAUUGUUUAAAACAACUUGUGCCUCAGGAGACUAACAUGGGAAAUCAAAGGGGUGGGCUCAGUCAGUGGAUAAAGGAGCAGGGCUAUAAUCACAUAGAUAAGCAGAUAGCAGAGAGUAAAGUAUCACACUGCUCAGGUCAUGAUGGGUUGCCCUGUUCCAUUUGACUGAACUUUACAAGUCACAUUUCCUCCUGUGUGAAGGACCACGUUUGUUCUUUAGGACUCAGCAGACAAAAUAAAUAUGUUAAAGAAAACUGCUAUAUAUAUAUAUAUUUUACAGUUUAUACAUGAGGAACAGCUAUAUUGGUCAAAGAUAUGGUCCCUUGGAUGGUAUGUUACGAUAAAAUGUUUUUAGCUGUGAAUAACCCACUACAUUGUGCUCCCUUACCUCUAGUGUAAUGUAAUUGACUGUAGGGACUAGGACUGAGCCCCUGUGCUCGUGUUACUGAGGCUACUGAGGAAUGAAUGCAGGAGAGGAGAGGUCAAUGACUCAGAACACAAGACGAACCUUUAAGAGCCCCAGUGAAGCCAUAGAGAAUUUUCAGACAAAGCACUCCCACAGCGUUUCAUCUAAAUCACUAGGAAAGUUAUAAAUAAUGUACAACUCGGGUCAAUGUCAGCAUUUGCAUAGAAGACCCAGCGCAGGAACAAAUGGCUGGAUUAAGUAGAGGAGAAAUGGGCUCUCCCACACUAUAAAUCCUUUCCUGUGUCACCAGUUCUAGUUUGUUUCAGAUAUCCAGGUCCCAGCCGCUGGAGGAACCGAAUAAGCAACUUGGUCUCAGAGCAUUUCAUAUUAUUCUGUACAAAAAUCUGUGAUAAUCCAUUUAGUAUGGUAUGUAACGUGUAGUAUGGUAUGUACUAAUUUGUGGAUAAUCAUCACCUAUUUCGUAUGAUAUAUUACGAAUUACAAUUUGUAUUAUAUGUUACGAAUUACAAUUCGUAUUAUGUGUUACGAAUUCUAGCUAGGUGGCUAACGUUAGCUAGCUGGCUAACGUUAUCUAGGCUAGUGGUUAGGGUUAGGGUUAAGGUUAGGGUUAAGUUUAGGAGUUAGUUUAAAGGGUUAAGGUUAGGGUUAGGAUUAGCUAAAAGGGUUAAGGUAAGGGGAAGGAUUAGCUAACAUGCUAAGUAGUUGCAAAGUAGCUAAAAAGUAGUAAAAGUUGCUAAUUAGCUAAAAUGUUGCUAGACGUUCACAUUCUACAUCCACCCAUCCACCUUGUCCAACCACCCUGCUUUCAUUUUUGCCUUAAGUACCCAUCUGUCUUAUGUAACCAUACCAAACAUAUCAUACUAAUUUGAGUGUCCCAGAUUUACAUUCACUAGUCUAUGAGACCGAGCUGGAAUACAACAGGUGUAGACUUUACGUGAAAUGUUUGCUUAUUAGAGCCCUUCCUGAGUUAAAAAUAAUAAUAUGAAAAAUAAAAAUAGUAACACAAGAGGAUUAAAAUACACAAGAAUGAAGCUAUAAACAGGGAGUACCAGUACCAUAUCACUGUGCAGGGGUACGAGGUAUUUGAGGUAGAUACAGUGCAUUCGGAAAGUAUUUGGACCCCUUGACUUGUUAAACAUUUUGUUACAUUAAAGCCUUAUUCUAAAAUGGACAGAUUUUUUUUUUCAGUCAUCAAUCUACACACAAUACCCACUCAGUACUUUGUUGAAGUGCCUUUGGCAGCGAUUACAGCCUCAAGUCUUCUUGGGUAUAACACUACAAGCACACCUGUAUUUGGGGAGUUUUCCCCAUUCUUCUGUGCAGAUCCUCUUAAGCUCUGUCAGGUUGGAUGGGGAGUGUUGCUGCACAGCUAUUUUCAGGUCUCUCCAGAGAUGUUUGAUCGGGGUUCAUGUCCGGGCCACUCAAGGACUUGUCCCGAAGCUACUCCUGUGUUGUCUUGGCUGUGUGCUUAGGGUCAUCUUUUCAUUUGUAUUUUUACCCCUUUUUCGUGAUAUCCAAUUGGUAGUUACAGUCUUGUCCCAUCGCUGCAACUCCCCUACAGACUCGGGAGAGGUGAAGGUUGAGAGCCAUGCGUCCUCCAAAACACAAUCCUGCCAAGCCGCACUGCUUCUUGACACACUGCUCCCUUAACCCGGAAGCCAGCCGCACCAAUGUGUCAGAGGAAACACCGUACAGCUGGCGACUGAAGUCAGCUUGCAGGUGCCCAGCCCGCCACAAGGAGUCGCUAGAGCGCGAUGCGACAAGGAAAUCCUGGCCGGCCAAACCCUCUCCUAACGACACUGGGCCAAUUGUAAGUCGCCUCAUAGGUCUCCCGGUCACAGCCGGCUGUGACACAGCCUGGGAUCGAACCCGGGUUUGUAGUGAUGCCUCAAGCACUGCGAUGCAGUGCCUUAGAACGCUGCACCACUCGGGAGAUGUGCUCAGGGUAGUUGUCUUGUUGGAAGGUGAACCUUUGCCCCAGUCUGAGGUCCUGAGCGCUCUGUGGCAGGUUUUCAUCAAGGAUCUCUCUGUACUUUGCGCCGUUCAUCUUUCCCUCGAUCCUGACUAGUCUCCCAGUCCCUGCUGCUGAAAAACAUCCCCACAGCAUGAUGCUGCCACCACCAUGCUUCACCGUAGGGAUGGUGCCAGGUUUCCUCCGCUUGGCAUUCAGGCCAAAGAGUUCAAUUUUGGUUUCAUCAGACCAGAUAAUCUUGUUUCAGAUGGUCUGAGAGUUCUGCAGAGAUUGGUGGAGUGCUGCAGAGAUGGUUGUCCUUCUGGAAGGUUCUCCCAUCUCCACAGAGGAACUCUAGAGCUCUGUCUGAGUGACCAUAUGGUUCUUGGUCACCUCCCAGACCAAGGCCCUUCUCCCCCGAUUGCUCAGUUUGGCCAGGCGGCCAGCUCUAGGGAGAGUCUUGGUGGUUCCAAACUUCUUCCAUUUAAGAAUGAUGGAGUCCACUGUGUUCUUGGGGACCUUCAAUGCUGCAGAAAUGUUUUGGUACCCUUCCCCAGAUCUGUGCCUCGACACCAUCCUGUCUCGGAGCUCUACGGACAAUUCCUUCGACCUCAUUGCUUGGUGUUUGCUCUGACAUGCACUGUCAACUGUGGGACCUUAUAUAGACAGGUGUGUGCCUUUCCAAAUCAUGUCCAAUCAAUUGAAUUUACCACAGGUGGACUCCAAUCAAGUUGUAGAAACAUCUCAAGGAUGAUCAAUUGAAACAGGAUGCACCUGAGCUCAAUUUCGAGUCUCAUAGCAAAGGGUCUGAAUACUUAUGUAAAUAAGGUAUUUCUGUUUUUUACUUGUAACAAAUGUACAAACAUUUCUAAAAACCCGGUUUUCGCUUUGUCAUUAUGGGGUAUCGUGUAGAUUGAUUUAAUCAAUUUUAGAAUAAGGUUGUAAAGUAACAAAAUGUGGGAAAAGUCAAGUGGUCUGAAUACUUUCCGAAUGCGCUGUGUCCAUAACGGCAGGGUAAAGUGACUAGACAUCAGGAUAGAAAAUAAUAAGAGUAAACAGUAGCAGCAGAAAUAUGAUGAGUAAUAUGAAUGUAUCUGUGUGUGUGCAUGUGUGUGUGUGGCAUUAAUGUUGGCCCUGAUUAAUGUUUUUGCUGAUAUACUGGCAUUCACAUCAUGAGGCCAUUUUGUGAAAUAAUCAAGGACAUUAUGUAACUUUUUAUACUUUGUUUCAGUUUAAUUAUAUCUGUUCAAGCACACAGGAACAAUUUGGAACAGUAGAAACUGUAAAUGUCUUCCAGGGAAGGAGUAAUCCUUUUCAUCAAGUUUGCACAGUCAUGGUUUAAAUUGUCUUUGGGACUUGAAAGGACAGAUAUUUUGUUGCUUCAUAAUCUCCAUUGACUUAAAUGUAAAGUGUUGUUUUGAAUUAAAGACCGAAACAUUAUCUGUGCCCAACAGGUUGAUUUCCAAAGUAAAUUUCCCAAUUUGUCCCUAGCUAGUAUACUUUCCGUAUUUUCUGCAUGAAAAUGAACUCUUUCUGUCCCUCUUAUUGUCUUAGCAAGAGUUAGUUACAGUCCAUAUUCAUAUUAAUGUAAGGCAAUCCUACAUUACAAGUGUACUGAACUGAAGGGUGAUUAAUUUGGAGAGUGGCAAAAAUGCUAAUGCCUGUGCAGGCCUGUGACUCUCUCAAAGCUCUGAUGCAGCUGGGACAUCUAAGGGAAUGAUCUCAACACAUCGUACUUACGCUGCAAAUGAAUUGAUCCGCAGGUCUCUUGGAGCUGUCAGCAACUCACUUUGUAUGAGGCCUUCAUUCAUCAACACAUUUUCCAUGUGAGCAGCAACUUUGGGGGGAGAAAAAUAGAGCUAAACUUCUCUGCCCUGUCCUAUUUGUUGCAUAAAUCCUGCUGCCAGCACUACUAGACAUUUCAGGAAACAAAUUAUGGUCAGGGGGUGGUUAGAGCUUGCUGAGUGUCCCAGAUGAUUUGAAAUGCAUUUGGCCUGGCCUCUGAAAACUGUAUUUCUGUUCUUCUGCUCUUCUGAGGGAUAUAUAAAACGAAAUUAUUAUAUAUGGUCCUGCGUGGCUCAAUUGGUAGAACAUGGUGCUUGCAAUGUCAGGGUUGUGGGUUUGAUUCCCGCCACACCAAAAUGUAUACACACACAAUUGUCUGCUAAAUGGUUUAUUAGAUAUUUAUUUAUGCUGUAAUCAUAUGUAUGUACUGCAAUACCAUAAAUCAAUAUUUUUGACCUAAAUGGAUUUAAUCUUUAUUAUGAGAAGAAAGAAACUAUCUGUGUAAUGCAGGGGAUGUCAAACUCAUUCCAUGGAGGGCCUAGUGUCUACUCGUUUUGGUUUUCCCUUUCAAUUAAGAACUAGACAACCAGGUGAGGGGAGUUCCUUACUAAUCAGUGAACUUAAUUAAUCAAUCAAGUACAAGGGAGGAGCGAAAUCCCGCAGACACUCGGCCCUCCGUGGAAUGAGUUUGACAAGUGAUGUAAUGACUCAGGUCAUUGAGGAGCAAAGUGUCUGCAUUUCUGUCCAAUUAUCAACAGACCGGAUGCAUGCACUCUCACCUACAGACUUGGCAUAAGCAUUUGUGAUGCUUCAGCCUUGACUUUCUAGUGGCCUUAUAGUCUAACAGUAAUGAUGAGGUUAAUGAUGAUUACAGAGACAUCUCAAAUAUCUGGUACUGGCUCUUGAUGGUGUGCAAUCCAAACUGUUAUAGAACAGAGUGGCUUUUUCAGUAAAACUGUUUUUGUAGUUGUAACAGAGUAUUUUCCUGAAGCUUUGAAUGCUAGGACUAGGACAUCUUCCCAGUAUUUCUGGAGAAGCUGUGAAAUGACCAACCACAUAUUGACAUAUCUGGCACAGACAGAUGCUGUACUGUGACUCUGGUAGCACUUAUUUAGGAAUGUAGGCUAUGGAGGAACACAUGGCACGGCAAAGGUAAAUGGGUCCCCUUGGGAGGUGGACAGAUGGGGGUAUAUCACACAACUAAGACGGCUCUGGGCUGCUCUGGAAACGGCCCAAUACUGUCGCAGAGGUUUCUGCAGUUCAGACUGGGGUGACUCCGUGUUUGACCUGGAAUCUCCAUUCAUCUCUGGCCAAGUCUCCACACAUCACCCUCUACUGUAUGUGCAUCAGCUUGUCUGUCUGUGUGGUCUCAUGAGCAGCACAGUGUCUGUCCUCUAGGCAGUGCUACAGUAUGGCCUUCUCUACUAGAGAACAGGUUCCCCUAGCUUGUAUAAUCCAUGGGUUUCAUGAAUGAUAAAAAGUGUGAAAUAAAUUAAUAAACAGCAACAUUACCAUACUACAGAGACCUUCCCUUAUCACAAAUGCACAAGUCGAUGCAUGCUUCGAAUUGUAUUUGCAUAUUUUACUCUCUUUGUCAUUAAAACACAAUGCAAUCGAAAACAUUUUUCCACACCCAUUUACACUCCUGCCUUUAUGUCUCUAUGCAAGGCUCAUAUAGACUAUCACCUGGAAUAAUGAUGGAUUUGCAGAAUGUAAUAUGCACCCAAUCAGGAAUAUGAAUGACAGAUACGUCCUCCUGAACAUUAACAUACUAUUUGUGGAAAUGAUAUGCAGGAACCUAAGAAAUGCCCAAAGCUUAAGUGUAAUAAAAUAAAUGCAAUGUAUUAUUUAUUGAUAUGCUGGGGCAUUAAACAGCUUCUCGUUAUUGUCCUAAUGGUGUUCUGCAAAUUCCUGCCCCUGGUCUUUAGGAUUAGGAUGAUUCGUUUUGCCAGAGUACUUUACAGAUGGAUAAAUUCCCACUGGUUUUUAAAUGCAGAAAUAUUUUCUUUACAUUCAAGUACACCAUGUCCACCUAAUUUUAUGAGCAAUAUCAAUGUUAAGUGGUUGCUGUGCUGAAUACUGCCAGCGCAUUUCAACUGCACAGUGUAAUGCAGCACCAAUGAAUGUGUUUGACAAAUGUGUUACCAAAAAUGAAUUCAAAAUUGUUUCAUUACAUUGCAGUCAAAAGUAAUAGUGAUAAUAUAUGGCCUAAUAAUUCAGUUGUCCAUGAUUUGUUUUCAUCUGUUUGAUUUACAACAGGAAUGGAUUGGAAUAAGAAGUCAAGCUUCAAUGAAACAUGUAGUACAGCUCCAAGAUACAACAAAGUGGGCUGGCCAAGUAAAGUGAAAUACUAUUAUUCCGAUAAAUAGAGUUAAUUGGGCAAAACAGGUCCCUGGUUUAUUGAGCAAUAAAUCAAUUUGGUCUGCUCUCAGAGCACCAAGUGCAACAUAGCACUAAAAGUGAAUACCCCAAAUGCUUAUGAUAUUUUUGAAGAGAUUUAAUUCAUGUUGAUCAAAUAUUGAAAAGCAUUGACUGGUCCUACAAAUACUUCAAAAUAUAAUGAUGUUAAUAAAUGCCAAUAUAAUGAUUUGAGAAACAAACUGAACCUCAUUUUAGAAAAAACUGAACUCAUUGAGUCAAUGAGACUUUCACUUUUACCAACAAGUCAUUUAUGUCUCAAUUGUAUUACACAGUUAUUUCUCUGCAAGGAGCCUAAUCUAAGAUGUUUUGUGCUGCUAUAUCUUGUGUGAGGAGAGACACAGCACUGCCCCUGGCAUCUCAGAAGACCUAUAGUAUAUAAAGUAUGUCUAACAACUUAAUAACUUGAGUGGACAUCGCCUCCAGCUCACAGCUGGCGAGGAGACCGCAAGAGGAGUGGUUCUCUGUGAUCCAAUCAGGUGAGGAGGCUGUUGUCUGCUGUGUGCUGGGCUGUUCAGCCAGCCUCCUGCACAGGGCUCCCCACCAGGGGCUGUCGACCACGCCGGAGGAGCAGAGGCGCUUACACAUUCUGACCACAUUUUUUAUACCAGUUACUCCAGCAUAA